AUGACGCCGCGCAAGAAACGUGCAAAUGAGCUUGAUGCGGCGCAGUGUACACGCGUCGUGCGCGGCACUGUAACUCCCAGCCGUGCGUCGCGCUUCUUUUUGCCCCAAACGCCCCCGGCGCGCAAGCAUCCCAGCACGCCGCCCCUAUCUAUUCACUGCUCGACGCCGUACAUGGCUACUCCCACAUCUCCGCACACACCCAGCGAUGCAGAGUACCCCGUAUCGCCGAGUCUUGGGCGGAAAAAACAGCGCGUCUUUGCUUUGCAUGAUACACUGCCACCGAUCCCACGGCGCAGCGUCUCCACGGCGCUGUGGGCGAUGCGCACUCGCACGCCGAUGCAUGGCAUGCCGAUGCGCAGCAUGGCGCUCCCCUAUUCCACACGUACCGAUACCUACCUGGGGUCUUUUUCCCCUCACCGCUGUGGAUACCGCAUCGCAUCGCUCCAUCCGCACGAAACGGCGACGCCGCUUGCGGCUGCGCACAUGCAUGGAUCGAGCGCCGCAGACGGAAUUCCAUGUGUGGCCGUCGGUGAUGACGAAGGGCGUGUACAUCUGCUGGAUACGUCUGUCGAUCCCGACGCUAUCCAUUCCGCGGUGCGGCACUCUGCGACGCUUCUGGAAGCGUCUGUCUUCGCCUUGCAAUGGCGCGCGGACGAUUGUGUGUUAGCUGUGGGCGGCAGUGACUAUAGCGUAUCCGUGUGGGACAUUGCGCAUUCGGUGUGUGUCGCGUCCUACGACCGCCACCAGGGGAGCCCGCGUGCACUUGCGUGGGACCCAAGCGCGCCGAGCAUGCUUGCGAGCGGUGCGCGCGAUGGAGAUAUGUAUAUAUGGGAUGUGCGCAUGCGCGAUCCAGCGCUGUACAUUGCACGCGCACAUGCACGCUCCGGAAAGCAUCGCGCCGGUGUGACUUCCGUCGCCUUUCUCCAGGACCGCGCCGUGGCGAGUACGUGCAGCGAGAAUGGCGUCGUGAAGCUGUGGGAUUUGCGGCACGCCAAGGCGUGUGCUUCGAGUGCCGACGUUUCGCAGCGCGGCGUUGCGCGCAAUACUCGCGCACAUGGCCUUUCGGACCUUGUGUAUGCGCCGAGCCGCGCGCGUCUUUACGCAUCGUGCACAGACGGCUGUAUAUACACGCUCGAUGCCUCUCUCUUACCGGACCCAUGGGGCCGGACCGAGCCGAUCGCUUACUUUAGCGAGGCGCAGGGGCAAAAUACGCUGUACGCACGCAUGGCGCUGCACCAGGAGCGGUUCCUCGCGCUUGGCUGCAAUUCGGGCGAUGUCGUGCUGUGGGACACAUGUGCGCCGCUUUCUGCGGCAGAUAGUGCUCGGCGCGUUGCGACAAAUGCAGCGGUGCUUCCUCGCGCGCACGAAACCAAUGUCGAGGUGAAUAGCGUGUCGUGGGGCAUGAGUGCCCACGGCAUGCAGCUUGUGUCUGCAUGCGAUGAUGGGACGCUGCAGCUAUGGCGCAGCGAGAAAGAAGAGCUGUGCAAAUUUAGUGGGUAG